GAUGCACUAUGCAAGUACGAUCGAGCCACUUAGUCACGUGACAUUUGUUUGUAGACAACAUGGCCGAAGGAGAGCAAAUUCCCCCAGUAACUGAGACACCAGUGGUUACACAGGAACCUGUGGUUGUAGCUCCAGUAGAGAACCCACACGCAGAGCAUGGCCUGACAGAAAAUGUACAGAAGAUUAUCUCCAAUGAGAAAGUAGAGGCGGAAAAGCAGAGCAGACCUAAAGUUGACCUCCAAUCAUUGACAACCAGGAGUUACCUCGAUCACACCGUAGUACCCAUCCUCCUACAAGCGAUGUCAGCACUGGCGAAAGAGAGACCGCCGAAUCCCAUCGAGUACCUAGCAGCCUACCUCUUGAAGAACAAGGACCAGUUUGAGAAUUAAACCACAAUCAGUGAUGAAGAUAGAACUCUGAAAUUUUGCUUUCAUCUGCUAAAUCAUGCAGCAAUACCAAUUGGAGAGGGGCAAGGCAGGCAGGGCAAGGCGAUUUGGGCAGGGCUCAAUCCUCAGUAUGGUUACCCUCACUCCGCAUAGGGAGAUGAAGGAGGAUGGAAAUUGAGUAUUUAGACGAGUGUUUUGGAAUGUUUUUGUAGCCAUGUUUUGAUUAGAAUCCACACUUUUCUGUGGUCAUUUUCUUUUCUUUCCAGUUAGUGCUAGCUUUUCGUGCAUAUUACAUUUUCAGAUUCCAGUAGUUGAAUGUGUGUGUUCUAUUCUUUAUCUUUCCUUUUUUGUCCUUAUAUGUAUGAUAUUUAAAAUGAUUAUAUUUGUGUACAAAAUGUAUUCCAGAGAAAUCCAGAUACUUAUAAAAGUAUAAAAGUUUUAUAUGUGUGGAAAAUAGCAAGAGCUGUAUGUCAUGUCAAUUUUCCAUUGUUAAUAACUUCAUGUCAUUGAUUGCUGAAAUUUGGUUUCAAAGUAAGAUAUUUAACCUUGUACACAAUAUAUCCCUCAUUAAAAUAUUGUGCGUGUACAAACAAAUUAAUGUGAAGUGAAUUCAAUUCUUUAUACAUAUUCAACCUCCUUUGUGGUAGUUUUUUUCCAUUUGAUAAUGAGAUUUUAUUAAAUUUUGUGUUCCUGUACAAA